AUGGGGGCUGCCUUGGCCCAGAACCACCUUAUGGGUGAGCUCUGGCUGCCUCUGUUUGGGCUACUACUGUCCGCCAUCUGCCACUCCCAUGCCCCACCAGGAUGGCGCUUCACUUCCUCUGAAAUUGUGAUCCCCAGGAAGGUGUCCCACAGGUGGUCUGGAGCUGAUACAGGUCAGCUCUCCUACAAGAUUCACUGUGGGGGCCAAAGACAUGUGAUUCACAUGAAACUCAAAAAGAGCUUGCUGCCCAGACAUUUUCCUGUUAUCACCAAUAAUGGUCAAGGUGCCAUGCAGGAGGAUUACCCCUUUGUCCCAUGAGGCUGUUACUACUACAGCUACCUGGAAGGGGUUCCCAGGUCCGUGGGCACACUGGACACCUGCUCUGGCGGUUUGCAUGGCAUGCUGCAGAUGGAUGACUUCACUUAUGAAAUAAAGCCACUGAAGGCUUCUUCCAAAUUUGAGCAUGUUGUAUCUCUGCUCGUGUCUGAAGAAAGAUCAGCAGAGCUAGGAAAGUGUGAGAUUGAAGAGGAAGGUACAAAUGAAGCAUAUGCAGACGAAAUACUUGCUGAAACUCCUAGAGCAGGUCCUGUGUAUUUGUGGUGGUCACAUAAGAAAUACCUUAAAAUCCACUAUACUGUUGCUAACUCACUAGUUGUUCAUAAUACUAAUCACACAUGGUCUCAUUGCGCCCACCAAAAUGGAGUAUGCAACGCCAACUGGGGAGCAUCAUAUGUUUUUGUAGGAAAUUACCACAUAUUUUUAGCUGCCACGGUUUCAGUGCAUACAUUAGGUCAUGGCCUGGGUGUUUCUCAUGAUUACUCUGGUUGUGUUUGUUUUCGAAGAAGAAAUUGCAUCAUGGCGCCUACACCUGGUCUUCUAGAUACAUUCAGCAAUUGUUCUUAUAACAGACUACAUAUAAAGCUUACUCAUUGGGAUCCUUGUUUGAGUGCUCCAAAUGAUACUUUUCCUUAUGUACCUCCUCGUUGUGGUGACAAGAUCAUAUACCAGGAGGAAGAACGUGACUGUGGCUCCUUAAAAGAGUGUGCUGACAAUAAGUGUUGUGAGAACAACUGUUCCCUCUCCCUUGGCAGUGAGUGCAGCCAAGGAGAUUGCUGUGAUAACUGCAAAUACGCUGAACCUGGAAAGAUUUGCAGAAACAUGCAUGGUAUUUGUGAUUUACCAGAAUACUGUGUCGGGAAUGCAGAAGACUGUCCAAAUGACUUUUAUAUCCAGGAUGGAGCCCCACGUUCAGCCUUAGUCAUUUGUGUGAGAGGAAACUGCUGUGACUGUGACAUGCAGUGUCAGUCUCUUUUUGGCUACCAAAUAAAAGACAGUUCACCAGAAUGCUAUCAAAAAUUGAAUGUGAUUGGUGACCGAUUUGGAAACUCUGGGGUGAGGCUGACCCGAGGAGGAGGAACACCUGUUAAAUGUGAAGAAGAUGAUGUUUUCUGUGGACUGCUGCACUAUAGCAAUGUCCACCAAAUUCCUGGUGGAGGUGAUCACACUACAUUUCGCCAUGUAAUAGUACAAGAUGUUAAACAGGAAAGAUGCUUUGGAUAUGAUGCACACCAUGGGACCAAUCUUCCAGAAAUGGGUCUCGUAGUGGAUGGUGCAACAUGCGACUCGGGAUGAUACUGUUUAAAACAGAAUUGUACUUAUUAUCAGGACAUGAAAUUUGAUGAUGUCCAGACCUGCAAUUUCAGGGGCGUGUGCAACAGUAACAAACACUGUCACUGUCAGCGAGGCUGGAGGCCACCAGACUGUGAAGAGAAAGGAUUAGGUGGUAGUUUAGAUAGUGGCCCUCCACCAGACACAGAGCCACGUCUUCAUGCCAAUGUACUUGUAACUGUAAACAAGGCCCUAGUUCUAUUAAUUGUUCGUUUAAUUCUUCUUCUGAUUUCAAUUGUUAUUGCUUUCGCUUUGAGGAGUGGGGGAGACGAGACAACGCAACGACAGCUGGAACCACGACUCCCAGAAUCCCUGGCGCUCCUAACGCUCCCGGCUUUCUCUUCCGGUCCGGCGGCAGCGGAAACCGAAAGGGCGGUGUGGCCGCCGCUAGAGGUUGGUUCACCUUCACCUGUGCGAGUCCCUAGCUGA